GUCAGGUCCUUUCCUAGGAUAGGAACUAGCCGCUACCCUUUGACCUGUGCUGCUGUGCUAAACAUCCGGGCUAUCGGGACAGGGAAAGAUGGCGGCCACGUUACUACCCGCUGAUUGGAUAAAGAACUGGGAAAAAUCAGGAAAAAAUGACUUUUUGCAACUGUGCCGCAGCCUCAGCGAAAAAGGCCAGGAAUUUGUUACAUUCACAGAAAUUCAGCAGGUCCUGUAUGAAUUUGCAUGUCAAGUUGUUAAAGGAAAUUUGAAGCAGGAUCAAGUUUCUGGCAUUCUUGCUGAAAUAAUAGCCCUCAGAGAUGACAUGCCCUCAAUCUUAGCAGAUGUAUUUUGUAUUUUGGAUAUAGAAACAAGUUGUUUGGAAGAAAAAUGGAGAAGAGACCAUUUUACCCAGCUUGUAUCAUCCUGUUUGUAUUUAAUCUCUGACACGAUUCUGAAAGAGCGUCUGGAUCCAGACACGCUGGAAUCCCUGGGGCUUAUCAAACAGUCCCAACAGUUCAACCAGAAAUCUGUGAAAAUUAAGACCAAACUUUUUUAUAAGCAACAGAAAUUUAAUUUAUUACGUGAAGAAAAUGAAGGCUAUGCAAAGCUGAUUACAGAACUUGGACAAGAUCUUUCGGGAAGCAUAACCAGUGAUUUAAUUCUUGAAAAUAUUAAAUCUUUAAUUGGAUGCUUUAAUCUAGAUCCCAACAGAGUGUUGGAUAUCAUUUUAGAAGUGUAUGAAUGUCGACCAGACUAUGAUGAUUUUUUUGCACCAUUGAUCGAAUCAUACAUGUGUAUGUGUGAACCUCAAACACUGUGUCAUAUCCUUGGAUUUAAAUUCAAGUUUUAUCAGGAACCCAGUGGAGAAACUCCUCCUUCUUUGUACAGAGUAGCAGCUGUGCUUUUGCAAAAUAAUCUUAUCGAACUGGAGGAUCUUUAUGUGCAUCUUCUUCCAGCAGAGAGUAGCAUUAUUGAAGAACACAAAAGGGAAGUUAUAGAGGCCAAGCAGAUUGUCAGAAAGCUUACCAUGGUGGUCUUGUCCUCUGAUAAAGCCGAAGAAAAAGACAAGGAAAAAGAAAAGGACGAAGAGAAGACAGAAAAGCCUCCUGACAACCAAAAACUAGGCUUGUUGGAAUCACUACUAAGGAUUGGUGACUGGCAACAUGCGCAAAGUAUUAUGGACCAGAUGCCUCCAUAUUAUGCUGCUUCACACAAACCAAUUGCAUUGGCUCUGUGUGAUCUUAUUCAUAAAACUAUCGAACCACUUUACCGAAGAUUGGCAGUACCCAAAGGUGCCAGAGGGUCUCGUGCUGUUCCCUUGCAUAGCAAGAAGGCCCCAAAGCAAGCAGAAUCAUUCGAAGACUUGCGGAGAGAUGCCUUCACCAUGCUUUGCUACCUGGGCCCACAUCUUUCUCAUGACCCUAUUUUGCUUGCGAAAGUAGUUAGACUUGGAAAAGCAUUAAUGAAAGAGUUGCAGUCGGAGGCAAAAACAGAAGAAAAAGACAAGAUGGAGGUGCUAUUCAGUUGCUUGCUCAGCGUUACAGACCAAGUCUUACUACCUGCACUUGCUUUGAUGGAUGGCAACGCCUGUAUGUCAGAAGAACUUUGGGGAAUGUUCAAAUGCUUUCCUUACCAAUACAGAUAUCGUCUGUAUGGUCAGUGGAAGAAUGAGACAUACAACAACCACCCGUUGCUAGUCAAAGUUAAGGCGCAAACAAUUGACAGAGCCAAAUACAUAAUGAAGCGUCUAACAAAAGAAAACGUCAAGCCAUCAGGAAGACAAAUAGGAAAACUAAGCCAUAGCAAUCCAACCAUUCUGUUCGACUAUAUUCUUUCUCAGAUUCAAAAGUAUGACAACCUUAUCACACCCGUUGUUGAUUCGCUGAAAUACCUAACGUCACUAAAUUAUGAUGUUUUAGCUUACUGCAUAAUAGAAGCUCUUGCUAAUCCAGAAAAGGAAAAGAUGAAGCAUGAUGACACCACUAUCUCUAGUUGGUUGCAGAGUCUGGCUAGCUUUUGCGGAGCAAUUUUUCGGAAAUAUUCUAUAGAACUAGGCGGCCUUCUGCAGUAUGUGGCUAAUCAGUUGAAAGCUGGCAAAAGCUUUGAUUUACUGAUUUUGAAAGAGGUAGUACAAAAGAUGGCUGGAAUCGAAAUUACAGAGGAAAUUACUAUGGAACAACUAGAGGCAAUGACUGGUGGUGAGCAGCUUAAAGCUGAGGGUGGCUAUUUUGGACAAAUAAGAAACACAAAAAAAUCAUCUCAGAGAUUAAAAGAUGCCUUGCUGGAGUACGAAUUAGCUCUUCCUUUGUGCCUACUUAUGGCCCAACAGAGAAAUGGUGUAGUAUUCCAAGAGGGGGGAGAGAAGCACUUAAAGCUGGUGGGGAAACUAUAUGAUCAGUGUCACGACACUCUGGUGCAGUUUGGGGGAUUUUUGGCUUCCAAUUUGAGCACAGAAGAUUAUAUCAAAAGGGUUCCAUCCAUUGAUGUUCUUUGCAAUGAAUUUCACACACCUCAUGAAGCUGCAUUCUUCUUAUCCAGGCCUAUGUAUGCUCAUCACAUUUCAUCUAAAUAUGAUGAGCUUAAAAAGGCAGAGAAGGGAAGCAAGCAGCAGCACAAAGUACACAAGUAUAUUACAUCGUGCGAACUGGUCAUGUCUCCUGUGCAUGAAGCCGUGAUAUCUUUGCACCCAUCUAAAGUGUGGGAAGACAUCAGCCCACAGUUUUACGCCACCUUCUGGUCCCUGACCAUGUACGACCUUGCUGUCCCAAGCAACAGCUACAGCAGAGAAAUCAACAAACUGAAAAGCCAGAUUAGAGCCAUAGAUGAAAACAUGGAUAUGCCCCCAAACAAAAAGAAAAAAGAAAAGGAGAGAUGCACUGCCCUGCAAGAGAAGCUUGUGGAGGAGGAGAAGAAACAGUCUGAACAUGUGGCGAGAGUUCUACAGAGGAUGAAGCUAGAAAAAGAUAACUGGCUCUUAGCCCGAUCCACAAAAAAUGAGACAAUCACCAAAUUUUUGCAGCUUUGUAUAUUUCCUCGCUGUAUUUUCUCAGCCAUUGACGCUGUGUACUGCGCUCGGUUUGUGGAGCUUGUUCAUCUUCAGAAAACACCAAACUUUUCUACACUACUCUGUUAUGAUAGAGUUUUCUCAGACAUCAUUUACACAGUUGCAAGUUGUACAGAGAAUGAGGCCAGCCGAUAUGGGAGAUUUCUAUGUUGUAUGCUGGAGACCGUAACAAAGUGGCAUAGUGAUAGAACUGUGUAUGACAAGGAUUGUGGCAGUUAUCCAGGCUUUGUAACAAUACUAAGGGCAGCCAGCUUUGAUAGCGGCAACAAAGCUGACCAACUGGAUUAUGAGAAUUUCCGUCAUGUGGUGCACAAAUGGCAUUAUAAAUUGACAAAGGCGUCUGUCCAUUGCCUUGAGACGGGGGAAUACACUCACAUCAGGAAUAUCCUUAUUGUGCUGACUAAAAUCCUGCCAUGGUAUCCUAAAGUUCUGAACUUGGGCCAAGCUCUGGAGCGCAGAGUCCACAAAAUAUGCCAAGAUGAGAAGGAAAAAAGGCCAGAUCUUUAUGCGUUGGCUAUGGGCUACUCUGGGCAGUUGAAAAGCAGGAAACAUUUUAUGGUGCCUGAAAAUGAUUUCCAUCACAAAGAUCCCCCAGUAAGGAGCUCUGUGCCAACCCCAGUACAAAAUGGACCAGGCACUUCUAACCAAUCUGCUUCCAUGAUGGUGAAUGCAGCUAAACCAGAAGAAGGCACUACUGAGGAAACAGAGAAACUCAAGGAGAAAUCUCAGAGUGCACAGAAAGUUGUUGCUAAAGCUGCCAGCACAGCACCAAAGGUGACUGCAAGCAAUGGGAACAGCGCUUCUGCUAGCAAAGUGCUUAAGGAAAAAGAAGACAAAGAUAAAACUGGGAAAGAAAAGGAGAAAGACAAACGAGAGAAAACACCAGUUGCAUCUCUUGAGACCAAGGCACCAGGAAAGGAGGCCAAAGAAAAAGUAAAAGAAGACCGUCCGAGCAAAGAUGAAAAACAGCGUGACAUCAAGGAGAAGACUCCUAAAGCUGACAAAGAAAAGGAAAAGGCAAAGAAGGAAGACAAGUCUCAGAAGGAAGAAAAAUCUAAGGCAGUUCUGAUGAGCAACGAGUCCAAAAUCCCUUCAGAAAAGGAGAGAGAAAAGGAGCUCUCCAGAGAGAGAGAGGCAUUGAAAGAAGCAAAAUCUAAGGAGAGUUCCAAAUCAGGAGAGAAAUCAGCUGUAUCUGGGUCCUUGAAGUCUCCUGUUCCCCGUACAGACAUGCCUGAAACUGAGAGGGAACAAAAACGACGUAAAAUUGAUACGCAUUCUUCUCCGUCACAUUCCUCAGCAGUAAAGGACAACCUCAGUGAAUUUAAGGACUCUUCAACCAAGCACUACACAAACCACACUACUCCAACAAUAUCCAAAAAUAAGGAGAAAGAAGUUGAGAAGAAAGAACUGGAUAAAUCACAAGAAAGGUCACGCGAAAGAGAGAAGAAAGAAGAAAAAGAACGGAAAGAAAGAAAGAGGGAUCACUCCGAUGGCGACCGUGAAUUGAUGCAGGAAUCAAAGCGCCGCAAAGAAGAAAAUGGAACCAGUGGUUCCUCGAAACAUAGUAAAAGUGUAAGUCCUUCUGACUCCCCACGUUCUGGUGAAAAGGAGCGCAAUAAAUCAAAAUCGUCAAGUAAAGAGAGAGGGGAUUUUAUGAAAUCAGAAAAAAUUGAAAAAAGCAGUUCUAGCAGUAAGAAGGAAUCCAGGCACAACAAGGAAAAGUCUGAGAAAAAAGAAAAGCGUGAGAGCACAGGAGGAAAGGUGGAGAAAAAGCACCAUAAAUCUUCAGAUAAGCACAGAUAAUAAAGAAGAGGGAUUAAUUCAAGGAGAAGGAAAGGUGAAAUCACCAAAUGGCGGGAGGUGCUCCCAGCCUUUUCCCACUUCAGCACCAAAGAGAGUUCUUCAUUCUUCAGUGGCCCCAGGCCAGCACAGUAGAGUGAAAAAGAUGGCUUUUAUCACAAAGUUUGGCUAUUCAUUCUACCAUGCAUGGACAUUUGGCACUUUGUGGUGCUCGCUCAGAAGUACCCCAAGAUGGUGCAGCUUUCACCAUCAGCUCCAUCCAAGGGUAUCAUCAGUUAAUUGACUAUAAUCAUUGGGUGCCUAACAUUUAUAACAUCCCCGGUGAUUUAACUUUUCCCUCUACUUUAAAAUUAUUUCAAUCUCUCCUCUAUUGUGAUAUUGUCUAUUGUCUUGCUCCUGAAAUGACAUCUAUAUAUCCAUUUAUUUAUAUAUUUCUUUGUAUAAACCCCAACCCACUAGGGUUUGCUGUGACUCAAGAUUUCUUGACGAUCGACAGAUGGAUUUAAAAUUAGAAGAUGGCCACCAUAACUGGGAUAUGUCCUUUCCACAUUGAUUUGCACAGAUAUAUGUGAAGAAAGAAGGAGCCCCUUUUGCAUUAGCCUAAACGAUUCAUUUCAUUACAUUUUGCUUUUCCCAUCCUACAGUAAAUGUUUUCUGUAUUUUAAAUUCUUUGUUGUGUUUUUCCAACCCCAUUAAUUUUCAGUUGAUUACUGAAAGUGUAUGCCUAUUCCAUAUUAAGCACAAUGUGCUCCAGACAGACAGACAGUUGCUGCAGUGCAAAUGGGUUGACUGACUGACUUAUGCUUGUACAGCUUUUCAUGUUUGGUCGUCUGAAUACUGCCUGAAAAUUUUGUAAUACUUUGCAGCUUAAAUGCAUAUUUUUUAAUGGUGCAACGAUAAACAGUUAUUCAACUUUUUUUUGGAAUUUACCUCAUUUAAAGUCAGAUUUUAUUUAUUUGGCUUGUAAGUAAGACAUGGAAGCACUAUUUCUUGCUAAUGAUUAGGAAUUGUUUGUAUAUUAUGUGUAGGACAAUAAAUGAGGAACUAAAGACAUGUAACUAUCUACUGUCUCUUCCACACCUUUUUUUGUCAUGUUUUCAGAUAAACUGUGGGGGAAACCCACUUCCGCCUUGAAAGAUUACGAGUACAGUUACACAACUGCAGGAUCUUUGUAUCAUGGAAAUGUAGUCUGGAAAAGACUUUUUUAAAAGAAAUUUUUAUCUGCUGAAUUCUACCAGUGUAAGCUUUCUUUUCUAAAUAAACAAUAGUUUUCUCAA